CGGGUGCUGGUCGCUGUCCGGGGUGUUGAAGCUGAUCGGGAAUAGUAGGGAUCGUACAUUGCCCAUCCCCCCUGACACUUCUCCCGUCUUUCCCUCGUCCUUCUUCCGCACUCAUGUACUGCUAGACCGAUGGAUUAACCAUGCCGGGCUCUCCGAACAUCGCUCUCCUCCUCCUCCUCCUCCUCUCCGCCGCUUCCCAUCAUCAGGCUGACAGUACGGACACCAGAUUCGGUUGCUUGUUUGAAGAUGACCUCUGCAAACCAUUUGAGAUGUGCUUGAAUGACGGAGUGUUCGGGAGAUGUCAGCGGCGACCGGUGAUAGACGUAUUCAAGUACGAAGUUUCACCUCCUGUUGUGCAGCGUCUGAGGAACAUUCUUCAGAAGCUCUCCCACAGAGGCUUGACUUGGAAAGAUGACUACACUCAACAUAUCAUUGCAAAGGAACUAUCAAAUAUUCGUAAGGUAUAUAGCAGACCACCUGAAUCUCGUCCAUCUGAUGUUUCCAGCACUUCUAGGGGUCAGAAUUUAAAUGCUGAAAGUGACAGAAAAAGUGACAGAAACUAUGAAAUGGAAGCUAAUAGGAAUUUUGCCAAAUCUUUUCACCAAUAUCUCCAGUAUCUCGGGAUCCUGCCACAGUCUGUAGCUCCAAGCUACUACCCAAGGACGAAGGGUGAACAGCCCUCCAUCACGAACUCGAAGGGAAAAACUCUAGGUCUGUUGUUUGCUCCGACGUCCCAUCAGAAAACUCCUGAGAUAGUUUCAAAGACAUUAUCUAAACCUUUAGCUGACAAACUGCCAAAGGAGUCAGAAGCAGCGGCUGAAAAGAAGACCUUACUGGCAGCACUGAAAACGUACCUUGCACAAAAGUCUGUGCUACACGGUGCUGAUAAUCCAGACCCAAAUGGAAGAGUAAAAGUUCCUCCGAUGUACUCUAAUAAAUACCAUGCCCCUCAACUCAGUCAACAUGAUGAAGUGCUUCCAAAAGAUGAUAAAGAGAAUACUUAUCAAAUCCAGUCUUACCUUCAGAGACCGCAAGCCCGCGUAUUGACAAGGCCAAAUCUUGGAACUCUGAUUUAUAAAUCCAGUUCUCGCCAAGAAAACCCAAAGGAGCCGCUGAGUGCUGUGGAUGAAACUUUUAUCCAGAAUGUGGUAAAGGAGCUGGGCAAACAUAAACUGAACAUGGAUCAUCUUAGCCCAAAAGAACUGGAUGAGUUGGCAGACGUGAUCGCUGAUACUCUGCAGAUUGUGGAUGGUGAACAAGUUGGUGCCAUGAAACUGGAGAAGGAAAGAGGAGCACAGGAGCUGAAAAGAGUGGAGUCGUACGACUCCUGGGAACAUGAUGAACUUAACAGAGGGGUCAAUGAUACUUUCCAAGAUCAAGGUACAAGCACAAAACCAUCACAGCCUGAGAUACAGGAUAGAGAGUCAGGCCCAAAAAGUGAAAACCUGCAAGACUUUACUGUUAAUUCUGUGUCACGUGAAUUCUUAAAAGAACCUUAUGACAAUGGACUAAAAAGCUUUGGAGACUUCCAUUACAACUCAGAUGAUGAUGACGAUGAUGAUGAUGAAAAUAAAGCAGGCAUUGAGAAUGUAAAAAGUGAGACAUACACUAAAGAGUUGAUGGCUCAGAAGAAAUCAGCUGAGUCUGAUUCAGAUUCCAGAGCGGAGAUCGAGUAUCAGCACUUGGUGCAGGAAAGUUUUUCACAAGAUGACAGAUCCUUUCAAAAAAAGCCACAGAAAAUGAAACAAGAAAUUCAGCUACAAGUAGCAUCUACCAGCAGUGAUAAAUACGGAUACAUUGUGACACAAAAGAUCCCCCUCACUGUGGAGAAGGGUCUGGAAUUAUUAAAUGAAGUCGCCUUGCUCCUGAAACAGCAAAUGAAUGUGUUUAGUGAUGUCAGUGUGUCAGGAUCGGCAGUGGUGUUUCAAGUGCACCCUAAUAUCCAGAAUUUGACAACAGAACGUGUGGCAGAUGCAGCAGCUGCCAAUAAGGACAAGCUGGAAAAAAGCACAGGACUGAAAAUUCUGCAAACAGGAGUAGCAGAGAAAAGUAAAUUGAAGCUAUUGCCCCAUCGCUUGGAGGAAGAAGAUUCUACUAAAUUUAUUAUCCUCACUCUCAUCUCCAUUGCCUGUAUCAUUGGGAUCCUCUCUGGGUCCGGGGUCAUCUACUGCCUGCGCCACAGGUCUCAUCACAAACUCAAGGAGAAGCUCUCAGCCUUGGGAGGUGACAGCAGUACAGAUGCCACCAGCACAUAUCAGGAGCUUUGCCGUCAGCGGAUGUCUGUCAAGACUUCAGAUCGACCAGAGCCACUGCACAGUUCCCGUAUUAAUAGCAUCUCAUCGCAGUUCAGUGAUGGGCCUAUGGCCAGCCCCACUGCAAGGAGUAGCACAUCCUCCUGGAGUGAGGAACCUGUCCAGUCAAAUAUGGACAUCUCCACCGGUCACAUGAUAUUGUCUUACAUGGAAGACCACUUGAAGAAUAAGAAUCGCCUUGAGAAAGAGUGGGAGGCUCUGUGCGCAUAUCAAGCUGACCUGACUGCAACAAAUAUAGCGCUGAAGGAGGAGAACGUGGCAAAGAACAGAUCUCUAACUGUGGUUGCAUAUGACCACAACAGAAUUAUUCUGAAGGCAGAUAACAGCCAUGAUCAUUCGGACUACAUCAACGCCAGUCCCAUUAUGGAUCAUGACCCACGAAAUCCAGCUUAUAUCGCUUCUCAAGGACCUCUUCCUGCUACUGUGGCUGAUUUUUGGCAGAUGGUAUGGGAGAAUGGCUGUGUAGUAAUCGUGAUGCUGACAUCACUGGCGGAGAAUGGAGUCAAGCAGUGCUACCACUACUGGCCAGAUGAAGGCUCAAACCUCUACCAUAUCUACGAGGUAAAUCUUGUCUCCGAGCAUAUCUGGUGUGAGGAUUUUCUUGUCAGAAGCUUCUAUCUGAAAAAUCUACAGACUAACGAAACUCGCACUGUCACCCAGUUUAAUUUCCUCAACUGGAAUGACCAUGGCGUUCCGGCUUCAACCCGCUCGCUGUUAGACUUCCGCAGGAAAGUUAACAAGUGUUACAAGGGGCGCUCCUGUCCUGUAAUAGUUCAUUGCAGUGACGGCGCAGGGAGAAGUGGGACCUAUAUCCUGAUUGACAUGGUUCUCAAUAAGAUGUCUAAAGGUGCUAAAGAGAUUGAUAUUGCUGCGACUCUGGAGCACUUGAGAGACCAGCGACCAAGCAUGGUGCAGACAAAGGAGCAGUUUGAGUUUGCACUGACAGCUGUGGCAGAAGAAGUGAACGCAAUACUAAAGGCCCUUCCACAAUAAAUGUUCCACAUUCCCAAACAAAUCCAGAAGAUUCUUCUCUCAUCCCUUUCUUCCUUUCAAUACUUUUAAGCGUUGUUGAAAAUUGUGACCUGGUGUGUAUUAUGUAUAGUACCCACAUAGAAACUUGCGGUCUGCAUUGUCCCCCCAGUGGGAAGGUCAUUAAAUCGCAGAAACUUGGCAAAUGGGUACGAAGAAAACAUAGUCAUCCUGGUGAGCAGAUAUCAUUUGGCUUUCCUUCUCUUUCCUGAUAAUCAUUUAUGGAGCAGGAUACCAACUCAGUCAUUUCAUUUUCUUAUUUAUUGGUCUUUAUUUAGUAACUUGGUGUAGCAAGUAACGGUGUCCAGGUGACAUAAAAAGAACCACACAGCUGUCUACAUCUUAGAUGAACAUGAAAUAUGAUCUCUGAUUGGUUGAAGUAUGUUAAUACACUUUGCAUUUUCUCCUUGCCUUAUAUAAUGCCAUGUUGAGUUACCCUCUAAAAAUGGUCUCCUGUAUGACAGUCCAAACAUGUCCCAAAUACAGUUGCUGUGUAAUUCACAAGCCUUAAAAAAAAUUAUGUCUCACGUGUUGCCCCUCCUAGACACUGCAGCUCACAGUGGGAGGGCUUCAGCAGCAGAGACAGUGUUGCCCCAGAAAGUAGUUGGCAGGACUAGAUUUGAUCAGGUGCUGAAUGACCAGCUAUGGGCUUGUCAAUCAACAAUGAGAAAGCUGAUAAGACCCCACCCCCUCCCCCAACCCCACUAUGUCAUCUUAUCUCACUGCAUUUGAAGCAGGCACAGAGUACAUGAGAGUGGCAACUCUGCUCUGAAUUUAGGAACAGUUAAACAGUGUUGUCACCCCAUCACAGAAAGCUGAAUUAGGUGGACUUUAUUGGCAGGAUCACUAGAUACUUAUGAGACUUUGCAGGGGGACUUAAUUAUAAGGACAGAGGCCCUUAUAAUUAAGUGCUGUGGCAGAUAUAUUUUUAAUUAGAGGUCAAAGUUCUGCUUUACCAUCAUUGUAAUACAAAAAUGUAAUGUACUGUUGUGUUAGAUGACCAAUCAACUGACGUGUCUGAUUAUCACAGAAUGUUAAAAGCUAGUAUCUUAUAAAUUUAUAAUUCUGGCUGCGAUUCACUACUUUUUGCACCAUGUUAGUAAAUAUGGCCAACUCACCAAUAUACCAAUACUGUUUUCAUCAUCAUCGCCUUAUGGCAUAUACUUAAAAGAAAAAUACAAAAAGAAAAAAAAUGUUGAUUUUUUGUGUGUAUUUUCUUGUUUUAACAGAUUUUAUGGGGUUUGUGUAAAACAAUAAAGGUCAAACAAGUGUGGCAAUUUUAUUAUCAUUUGUAAUUUUUUUAUAUAUAUAUUAAAUCACAAGACAGCA